AUGGACAGAGUGACUAUUGGCUCGUCCCUUGGUCCGCCUUCGGCGAAUAUAUUCAUGGGCGAGCUAGAGGCUUUCCAACUUCAUCGUCAGAUCAACGGUCCGAGAUACUAUGGACGCUACGUGAAUGAUAUGUUCGUAAUCCCACCUCAACAGAACGACACUACUGUUCUACCAGACAAUAUCAAUCUGGCACACCUGGCAUUUAAUUUACGCCGGAAAAAGAGCAGUCCGCAUCGUCCCCUUUCCUCCUCCUCCUCCUCCUCCUCCUCCUCCUCCUCCUCCUCCUUCUUCUUCUUCUUCUGCUUCUUCUGA